AUGUUACUUGGCUGUUACAGAACAUGUUCCCGGCUGCACCUGGGCAACACGACUCACAGCCUGAGUGACGCAGACCUGCAUAAGCUCGCCAAAAAGACAGAAGGCUACUCUGGGGCCGACAUUAGCAUAAUCGUACGAGAUGCCCUCAUGCAGCCUGUCAGGAGAGUACAGUCGGCCACACACUUCAAAAAGGUGCGAGGGCCAUCCUGUGCCAACAGUCAAUUGACGGUGGAUUACCUUCUUACCCCGUGUUUGCCAUCCAUAGAAUUGACCUGGAUGGAUGUGCCUGGCAACAAGCUGCUGGAGCCCAUCAUCUGCAUGUCUGACAUUCUGCACUCACUAUCCACCACUACACAACCCACAGUCAAAAUGGAGGACUUGUUCAAGGUCAGGAAGUUCAGAGGACUUGGGGCUGAGAGCCACUCGCUAAGACAUGUUCUCUACAGCAUGCAAGGGAUCCGUGGGCGAGUCAAGUGUGAGAGCACCGCCAGCUGCAGCCUGGCUGCUAUCUCUGCCAGCCAGCCAGCCAGCCAGCCAGCCAGCCAGCCAGGCUCCAGCUAUGAGAGGUGA